AUGAGUUGUAUCAGUUGGAAUUGCCGUGGGCUUGGGAACCCGCGGGCUUGCCAAUUCCUUAAGGACAUUGUUGUUCAAAAGAAGCCCAACUUUAUUUUCUUGUGUGAAACUUUAUGCAAAAAAGAUGUGAUUGAAAGAUUAAGAGUCCAACUAAGUUUUGGAGGCAGCUUUUGUGUUGAGGCCCAAGAAAUACUGAUACAAAACACGAUUCCAUGGCGUCUUACGGGCAUAUACGGUGAACCCAAGAGAAGCUUGCGAUUCAACACUUGGAAACUAAUUCAUGAUCUUGCUAUUUUUUCUCAACUACCUUGGUGUUUAAUUGGUGAUCUCAACAAUAUUGGUAGUCCUUCAGAGAAGAAAGGUGGUCGUCCUUAUCCCUCCUCUCUUAUUGCCGGUUUUCAAGAGGUUCUUCAGAGUUGUGAUUUAAUUGAUCUUGACCUUCGGGGGUACCCUUUUACUUGGGAACGCAGCAAAGGUACUCCCUCUAGUGUUGAGAUUAGGCUUGAUAAAGCUCUUGUAUCCCAUCUUUGGCUCCAAUCUUUUCCCCAAGCUACUCUUACCAAUGGAGACUUCUCAUCAUCAGACCACAUCCCUAUCUUCCUUGAACCAAAACCACCGUGGCUGCCAAAGAAAAUAUACCACUUUCGGUAUGAAAAUUGCUGGAGCCGUGAGCCUUUUUGCUCCCAGCUGGUAGACGAUUGCUGGAAAAAUAAUAAUCACCUUUCUCUUGCUGAAAGAAUCAAAGCUUGCGGCAUUGCUUUGGAUUCCUGGGGCCGCACUCUUACAGGUAAUUUCAAGACUCGUAUUUCCAAAAGUAAGCAGAAAUUGUCUCGUUUGAAAAGUAGUACUGAUGCUACUGAUGUGCAGAAUUUCAUUACUGAGCAAACUAAUUAUUUUGAAAUCCUUGCCCAACAAGAACUUUAUUGGAAGCAGCGGUCCAAACAACACUGGUUACAUGGAGGGGAUAAAAAUAGCAAAUAUUUUCAUGCUUAUGCAAUCACUCGAAAAUGCAAUAAUCAAAUUCAUGUUUUGCAAGAUAGUCGUGGGGUUCUGAAGGAUUGGGAUUCGGGGCUUGAAACUGUCAUCUCAAAUUAUUUUUCUGAUCUUUACACUGCUAAUGCUUCUCAGUAUCUUUCGGUUGUCAAUGGGGUCAAUUGUUCGGUUGAUAUUGCUCAAAAUAACGAUCUUCUACAGCUAAUCCAAGAUGAGGAAGUUAAACACGCUCUGUUUUAA